UUGUAAACAUUUGACAUGCUCGUGUUCAGAUAUCAAGAUGUUACCGAAAAUACUUUGUCGCGGAGCAAUUGACCGUCUGUCACAUUUACUUUCCUCUUCGCCAUUCUGAAAUACUUAUUUGACGCGCCUCAAAUUGUGUCAGUGCCCUAGCCAGCUAGCCUGUGUGACACCCUUGUUGUGUACAGCUCUUUGUGUGAGAUGGGGGACGAUCGACCUUUUGUGUGCACCGCCCCAGGCUGUGGCCAGAGAUUUACUAAUGAAGACCAUCUAUCAGUCCACAAACACAAGCAUGAGAUGACCCUGAAAUUUGGUCCUGCCAGAACUGACUCCGUCAUCAUUGCAGACCAGACCCCCACACCCACCCGCUUCCUGAAGAACUGUGAGGAGGUGGGUCUGUUCAACGAGCUGGCCAGUUCCUUCGAGCAGGAGUUCCGGAAGGCCCAUGAGGAUGACCAGAGAAACAAAAACCCGGUGAGGCUCACGGCCCCCCAGCUUCCAGCUCCACCCCUACAGACCCCCUCUGGGGUGAAGGAGGAGGAUGAGGGGCCUCUGGAGGUUGACUCCUCCCCACCAGGAAGUCCUGACUCCACCUCCAGCAUGUCAGACAGCAGCAAAGAGCCAACGGUGAGAGGAAAGGAGACUCCUCCUCCUCCACGGCCAGUGGUGAGCUCCGCCCCCACGCCAACCAUCGUACGCCCAGGGUCCCUUCCCAUUCACCUUGUUUACGACCCCCUGCACCCGACCCUGCCCUCGCCAACCUCUGUCAUCACACAAACCCCGCCCUCCAACAGACAACUGGGCUCUCCGACAGGCUCCUUCCCACUUGUAAUGCAUCUCCCCAAUGGACAGACGGUCCCUCUCCUCCCCAGCCCAAAUAUGACCUCAGUCAUAUCUCUGGCAAGGCCGUUUAAUAUGGUGCCCAACAUCCCUGGGAUUCCAGGCCCUCCGAUUGGUGGGACCAGCAGUGGCUCCUCCUCCCCAUCUGGGUAUAGUCUACACUCAGAGGCCAAGAUGAGGCUGAAGGCAGUGCUGACCCAACAGCAGCAGCAGCAUGGCCCGGGGGCUCAGAAUGGGUCUGGAGAAGGCCCAGGGGGGGCAGGGUCCAGUCCCGCUGUCCCCCAGAGACACGAGCAGAGCCAGCAGCCCUCGCAGCACUCUGACACCCCAUCUCCCGCACAGCCACAGCAAACCAGCAGUGGCUCCUCCUCUCCAUUUGGGUAUAGUCUACAUUCAGAGGACAUGAUGGUGUCCCCAGCCCAGCCCACGGGGGGUAGAAGGCGGCGGGGUGCGGAGGUCGACCCAGACGAGAGGAGGCAGCGUUUCCUGGAGAGGAACAGGGCGGCGGCGUCUCGCUGCCGACAAAAACGCAAGGUUUGGGUCGGCUCUCUGGAGAGGAAGGCAGAGGACCUGGCUACCAUGAAUGUUUCUUUGACCAAUGAAGUGGGUCUGCUGAGGAACGAGGUGACCCAACUGAAACAGCUGCUACUGGCCCACAAAGACUGCCCUGUCACUGCCAUGCAGAAGAAGUCUGCCUUCUUAGCUGCAGGAGUGGAGGAGUGCUCCAGGGACUCCCCCUCUGAGCCUAUGGGCUCCCCAGCCCCGGUUAUCCAGCACGGGCCUUCGCCCCUUGCCCCCAGCCCUGGGGCCAUCACCGUCAACGGGCUGAGUGUGCGUGCGGCUGAGGCAGUGGCCAUGUCGGUCCUGGCCAGCAUGGGGGCGACCCAGCAGGGAGGGGUCCUCAUGGCCACACAGCCGCAGCCUGCCCCUAGAUGAUGAGCAGGCACAGGGAGCCAAUAAGAACUCUACAUUGGGCUUUAGGAGGCUGGACUGGUACAAUGACGUGUGAGAGAGAGAUUGAAAGGGACCUGAUUUGAAAUCUGAAAUCCCACCUGUUGAUAGUACGUCUCACUCCCCUCCCCAUCUAUCUCCAUCCAACGCUCUAUGACCUUGGACACACUGGUAGCCUCACAGCCAAUGAUAAUCACUGAGUACUCCCUUGGGCCCAUUUUCUGAUGGACCCUAGCUUGGAAGCACUGUCACUGUGUAUAUAGAAGCGUAUGUACAUACUCACACACCUGUGACAUAUACACACACUCGAUCAAAGAAUGUAGUUUUUUGUCUAUUUCCAACUCUUCUCUCCCCUGUCUACAGUGUAAAUCGCUCCUUACAUAUUUAUGUUCUUUAUACAGUUGUUCAUCCUUGGGAAACUCUUUUUCAUAUUUAGUGCUGAAUAAGUGUGAAAUAUUGUUUUCCCAUUGUCAUGGAGUGAGCCAAAGUAAGGAUACAGUCAGUGUCUGGAUUUUUUUUGCCCUCGUAGGAAUUCUGCAUUCAGACAAUGUGUAUGAAACCCCUUAUUGACUGCAUGGAUAUUAGAGGACACUGAUGAAGACCACUGUCUGUAUGCUGGUGUAUGUUAAUAUUAUCGCUGGUUUUUAUGAUACUGCUUUUCUCACCCAAGUGAUAUCAAAUGACUGAUGCAAACAAUGAUAAUGUCCUAAUGUAACACUUGAAAUUGGUUAGGUUUUAGAUUAUACUUUAUGUAAUAAUCAACAAACUUCAUUAGAUUUAUAAAUAAUUGACCCAGGCUAAAGUAAGUUGACAAAAGUAGUAAAAUAUAUUUUUAUAUUCAAUAUUAAUGUUCCUGCGUUUUAGCUGAAGCGUGUGUAGUGAAGUCAGUGGUAGAACGAUUUGUUCUAAUUCAAUGAAAAUGAAUGAAAUUCUAGGUGAUCAAAGGAAAUAUAAAUCUAUGACAUUCUUGAAUGCAAGUCUGGAUUAGGGAACAUCUAUACGAAGUUAUAGAUUAUGCCCUAGGCUCAGAUGCUUUACGCUAUUUGAAAAACUAUAUUUUGCUUUGAGGAAUACCAUAUUGUUGAUUUUUCUCAUCUUUUUGUCUUUAACAUAUCAAUGUUUUAAAAUGUUCUAUUCAAGUCAUUUUAUUGUUAUUGCUGUAGCUUCUCCACCCUGUCAUGUUACCAGUCCCCCUCAUGUUCUGUCAAGAGGAGGGAAAUGUCUGUCUUCAACAGUGAACCCAGAGUGUAACCUCUACAAACAAACUAUUGUGGAAUUUGAUUGUCCCUAAGAAUGUGUCGGGAGUUUUCCCCAAAAAUAAUUCCACCUCAAGGCGGGUGGAAUUAACUUGUGUAUAGUCUCAACUAAUAAACUAUCUCUGACAAAAUAAAUAA